AGUUAACCACUCGAUAGAUCAUUGAUUGACAGUCUCACCGACAUGAUUGGAGUUAAAAAUCACUCUUCCGUUGGGGAAAGACGAUUACGCAAUAUAUACGAUUUUUUGGAGGCGAAGCAAUAUAAAAAAGCUGUGAAUGAAGCUGAGAAAAUUAUCAAUAAACAGAAAGGAGACGUCAAUGUUACAUGUCAUGCAUUAUUGGCUGUGGGUUUGGUUUGUAGUGGACAAAGAAAGCGUGGUAUUAAAUUAGCUAAUGAACUAAUAGCUGAUGGAAAGUUAAAUGAUGAAAAUGCUGCCCAUGCUUUGGCAAAGCUAUUCUACGAAAUAAACGAUCCAAGGGGUAUUUUAAAAGCCUGGCAAGCCACUUCUAACUGCAUAGAAACAGAAGAUGUCUUUAGAGAAGUAUUUAGCGCUGCAAUUGCUGUAGACGAUUUUCCCAUACAGCAAAAAGCAGCAGUAAUGUUGCAUAAACGAUGGCAAGCCGAAAAAUAUAUAUGGUGGAGAGCAACUAGUUUGGUUAUGCAAGCGAAAUAUAAUCCUUUGCUGGCUCAUAAACUUUGUUAUCCAGUUGCAAUGAAUCUACUGUCGGGAAAACCGAAAACUGAGAAUGAAAAGGCACUUUUAAGUAAAGUUUACCAGGCUGUUGGAAAGACGGAAGAAGCUCUUGAAUUGGAAAGUCUCAAUCAUCCGCAAACUGCAGAAGUUUUGUUGAACUGUGGAAAGUAUCAAGAGGCAUUUGAAGAAUUAAAGACGUUCAUUGACACAUCUAAGAACUUUCAUCAUUGGCAACUCUAUUUAAAAUGUUGCAAGGAGCUUGGAGAUAGUUUUGUUGAAGAAGCAAUAACUAAGCUUAAAAGUGUUGAAAUAGAUGGUCGGGAAGGCGGUGUCUGUGUUCUUAGUACAAUUCAAUAUACUAAACAAUUAGGAUAUUCAAAAUUAUGCGACGGUCUUACACAGCCAAAUGAAAUAUUUAAGAUAUUAUGGAAUAAUUCUGGACAUAAACCUAGUUUCGUACAUGAUAUUGUUUCAUGUAGGCAAUCUUUUGAAAUUCUGGAUACAAAUUUUAUUAAAUUAGAUGAGUUAGACUUUGACAGGCUGGUGAAUAUAAUUGAAUUGAGAAGAAGAUUUGACAUAGAGAUGGAUGAUGAAACAGCAACCGAAAUGAUAUUAAAUAAACUCCCAUGCAUUGACUGUAACAAAACAGAGGUCUCUUUUGGAGUUCGUACUGUAGCUCUAUUGUUCAUGAAAAAUUGUCAAAAGUCGCCCAAGAAAUUGAUCAAUUCAAUGGUUUUGUUAACAAGAAUAGCGCCCUAUGAUCGAAUAUCAUGCUUAAUCCUCUUAAAUCUUGUCAAACGUUUUGCUCCCGAAUUGUGGCACAAGGUUUACGGUCAAGUUUCUUUGAAACAUAUUCAAUCGGAUGCUUUACCUUUGUUUCCUCCUCAAUGUUUCCCCAUCGCAACGCGUUACGAUAUUGUUAGUUCUGUUUUAAAAUCACUAGAGGAUGGCGUUAAAGAUUCUAAUAAUUUAGUAUUUGGGGCAUAUAACAAUUUGGCAUACGGCAAAGUUGAAGAUUCUCUUAAUUUAAGGGAUUCGUUAAGAAGUUCGGCAACUUUAGAGUAUUGUGCGGCAGAGAAACAUUUAUUACACCUACUGGCUUCAGACACUCCUAAAAAGCUUACCGAUACAGCUGAAGAAAUACAGGAAAAAUACAUUUUACGUUCGAACAAUAGAAAAUUGAUGGACAACAGAGACAAAUAUGUUUUCGGAUGGAACGAAGAUAAAGACAGAAAUAUCUCUUUUGAGAAAUGGUUGAAUAUAAUUAAGAUGAAAAGAUUAAUUAUUAAUUUGAUAGUUAACUUAGUUUUAACACCCGAUAACAAAGAAAUAAUUUUAUCCGUUGUUGAAGAUUUGCAAAAGGUUAUUAGUGAAAUGAAAGACUCGGACUUAGCCGAAGAGAAAUUUCCAUUUAUGACUAUAGACGGAUCAACGUAUAAUUAUCCACCAAAUCAAAUUCUAAACAUGUUAUGUUCGCUAUUAAAACUUUUAAGCGAUCAACCUCAAUGCGAUAUUGAACAAGUAAAGAAUUCAAUUGACGAAUCCGUUGAAAGAUUGAAAAAUGAUGCUACGAUAUCAAUUGGGGAUUGGUUAGCUAUUGUGUCACUGCUACUUUUCAAUAAUUAUGUUUAUAAAAAGAUAAAAAUGAAGGCAGUAAGGAAUUUAUUCAAGUACUAUCAAAACGUUUUAGAAAAAGCUUCAAGCGGACUUGUUUACUCUCAAGAACUAAGCGAAGAGCUGUAUUCUAUCAAAAUACCUGAGUGCGAUCAAUGUCAACAGAACGUAAAAAGUAUGGAAAAAGCCAAGCUUGAAGUGCUAAGAGCUUUGAAAGACAAUAAUUAUCAGACCGAUUCAAAAGGUUUUUUGAAGAAGAGAAGUUUAUACAUUCAAACUUUGUCAAGUAACAGAGCAUCAUAGAAUUAAUUAAAUAAAUAAAUAUAUAUAUAUAUCUUUUUUAUUUUUAUUAAAAACUUUGUGCUAUGCCUUUAAGGUGAAUAAAUACUGAAUUUGGCAAAAUUCUAAAUAUCCAAUGGGUUAUCGUAACACGACCCGUUCCAAAAAGUUUCCAUUGCGCAAUUGGUUUUAUAUACCCAUUCAGAAAUCCUUACAAAAAGCUGAUAUUCUGUCUCUGUCAACUGCUGUUCAUAAGUAAAGGAAGUCACUACAAACGGCCAACGACUUUGGUGAAGCUUUCUUUCCUCUAGAUUAAUUGGCUCUGUUCUAGAAGUUAUUAUUGUACUAUGAGGUCGUCUAUCCGCUGCAAUUGGUAUGAGAGGUAACUUUGUUUUUUCGAUGACCGGAGGAAGACGUCUACCUUUCGCAGCGUGCAAAAAGCGUCGAGCUUGUUUCACGGGCGAUAAAGAACGUUUUGUCGGCGAAAUUUUACCUAAUAACAAGCCAGUAGGCAUGAUCCGCCUAUUCUGUUAACAAAUGCAAGUUAAACAAGCAUUUUGGCCGCAAGCGGAGCAUUUUAAAUCCCGCAAUUCAAUACAAGAUAUUCUAAAGGGAUUAUUGAGCGGUAAUAACGCAGCUCUCUCCGCUUAAGCAAUUAGUUUUUACAAGUUUACUGUUUCAAACCAUUUAACAAUUCAGCAAAGUUUCAAGCUAAACUAUCACGAAAAUUUCUAUAUUCUGUACAAUUCUUUCGUCCGUCACUCUACAGCAGUUCUAAUUCAAGUUAUUCGUUCUUCGCUUUGCCGGACUUGGCCCAUCGGUCAAUGACAUGGAUAGGUCAUGAUUUGAAGGGUAGUUUUUCAAUCUUCGCUCAAAUUCGGCUAUUUUGUUUGUUUCGCUACUUCGUCCAGGCGUUGGAACAAAUCUCGCCUCUGGUCUCAGAACUGAUGCCAGGCCAGCACAUCUUGCUUCCUCUAAACCGUUCUCUUCUUCAAUACACAUAUCUUCUUCAGUGCGCUUUGUAAAGUAGCGGGAAGACCUGGGGCUUGAUAGGGGACUAGUACUUUUAGAAGCGGCUGGGGUAACAGGUAACGAUUGAACAAUAUGAAAAUUUUGAGGAGAAUCGGCGUAAUAACUAUGCUGAAGAGUUGAAUGACGUCGACGACUAGGUGAUGUUAUAACGCUUUCGUAUAGUCUUUGUUUCAUAACUUCCGCACUAAUUUUAUGCGAUUUAACCUCUUCUAAUAGGGACAUCUUGGCACUAUUAUUUAAAUUCCAACUGGAACCUUUCAAAGAAAAAUGGUUGUUCAAAUAAUGCAUUUAUCAUUUUUUGUUCAAUUAAUAGACUAACCGAGUGGAGUGAAUUCACACGAAAAAAGAUUUUCCCUAGAAGCGGUUAAAGAUGAUAUUGAACUAGCUAGACUAUCUCUCGACAUAGAUCCUAAGGUCGACAGUUUGUAAUAUGACCGAAGCGUUGUCCUGUGGACAUCAGAUUUCGGUAGCGAUGGCUUUGAGGGCAUCCUUGAGAAUAAACUGCGUUCAUCGUCGACGUUGAACGGUUUACGGAAACCGUCGGACAUUCUAUUGUUUCUUAAUUGAGCAUAGAUCUGCAAAAUUGCAGAAGAUGGUAUUCAUUAUUAAUGAACAAGUCGAAAUCUGAAAAUACUCACCUAUUGCUAAAAUCCUGUGGACCUUCUAAUAAAUGAUAAAUAAAUGUGCAAAUGACAAAGUUAAAAUAAUUAAUAAAGGUCUGAAUUUAACUCAUGCCAUAAAAAGGUCUUUGUAAAUUAAUUACACCUAUUAUCGACCAUUGUAAGGUGAUAGUUUCGUACAAUAAUAUAAACUUAUCAAUAGAUCUUCACUUCAUUCUUUUAUCUUUUUCAGUAUUAUUCAACACUUUGUUCUUUUCUUUCUAUUUUUU